AAGCUGUAUUCUGUUUCAGUUAUCGUUAAAGCGGUAAUUUGUUUCCAUUGUUGGUUAGUAUGAUACCCGAGGGAUUACCGGAGUUACUGGAGAAGUUCACGGAGAAGGCUAUGUCAGAAAAGCCGAAUGAUUUGGUUGAGUUCGCAGCAAAUUAUUUUCAUAACCUUCUGGAAUCCAAAAGUCAACUUGAAGAACGCAAGUUACUCCCUAAUUUUUUUGCUUAAUUAAUCCAGUAUAUCGACAAGAAUAAAAAACCUGAGAUUUUUAAACAUUCUAAGGAAUAUGAUUCUCUUAUAAACUGAAUUCUUACACCUGGCCAAAGUUUUCAACCAUAGUUGAGUAUUUUACUGUGAAAUCUCACGUUUGGAAAUGAAUUAGGCAGAGUGAAGGAAUCCGCUUGAUUUAGCAUCUCAAGCAUUACGUUUCAUCAUUUCCAUAUAUUUGUCCAGAGGAUAAACCAUUUGGUGAAUCCGAAGUAUUCAAAUAUUUGAGAAACGUGAUUUCGUCUGGUUCUUUAGCUGAUCAGCUGACCAGACAACCCAAAAAGGGGAAAUAAAGGGGUAAAUGCUUUGGUAACGAAAGGGGAAAUAAAGAGGAAAACGCGCCAGAAUGUCGCCUUUUUCGCCUGUCCGGGGGAAAUAAUGCGGAUUUUCCCCUUUAUCGCCUUUUUGUCGACAAAUUACGGACUUAUCGCCUAAAUAUCCGCCGAAUUGUCGUAUUUUCGCCUAAAUAUCCGCCGAAUUGUCGCAUUUUCGCCUAAAUUUCCGCUGAAUUGUCUACUUUUCGCCUAAAUAUCCGCCGAAUUGCCACAUUUUCGCCUAAAUAUCCGCCGAAUUGUCGCCUAAAUAUCCGCUGAAUUGUCUACUUUUCGCCUAAAUUUCCUACUUAUGCGCGUAGUUUUCUACUUUUCGCCUAAAUACACACAUUACCUCCUAUUUUCCAUCCAUCGACAGAACCCCAAACGUCUCCUAUGUUCGCCUUUAUUUUCAACCACAGACAAAAAUAUAUCUGCAAUGCAGUUGAAAAGCGGUCGACCGUCCCUUCAGACUAUAAAGAUUGUAUUUAUCGUUUAUAAUCCCAUCACAGUCUCUAAAUGAUAUGCUUGUUUUUCAUUAGAUCUGUCUUCAUACAUUUCUUCUCAUAUGCUCAUGGAAGCUAACGAAAUUUAAAUUUUUCAUUACUAUAUUGAUAUAAAUAAGCACCAAAAUAUCCGGUGUUGUCCGUCAUUCUACUUCUCAUUUUUACAGCGUCAGUAGAUUUGUACAGGCGACAAGUUAAUGAGGCUUAGGUUGACCAGUGUAUCAACAAUCAGAUUACUCUGAAUAUUUCUCUGUCUAUCAAUAUUUAUACUUAAGACAGCCAUAAGCGUAAUUAGGUGUCAUUUAGAUAACCUAUUGUGUAAUAUACAUCUAAGCUGGUCAGUUUCACCAUGCUGGCCGCGAUAAUUUCACAUUCUACUUUCUUCACUAUACUCAGUAACACUUGUUUUGAUUGGGAUAAAGUAAAAUUGGAUGUCUCUAGUUUUAGUCCGUUGUCCAUUGCAUAAUAAAUCUACACAUGGAGGAAUAUAUAGAUGCUCCAGUAUAUAUUCGUUUAGUUUUAUGUCACCAAAAUGAGUUGUCUCCCUCGGCUGAACCUAUAAAAGUGUAAUUGAAAGUAAUUUUGAAUAAACGUUUAGUUGGUCAAUGUGAUGCUACUAUGCUGUAUUUAUCCUUAAUAUACAAAGACGUUUUAGUAGGAUCACAUGUUAGUGAAAGUGACCCGGGUUAUACAUUUUUCUUGCAUUGAUUAGUGUACUCAUACUGAGGAUACUGAGCAACUGUAAUAAUGUUAUCAUUACAACAUGUGAAACUAGUUAAUUUAUUUCAGAAAUCACAGUAAAAAAGAAAUAAUAUUGCUAAAAAUAGCGGUGACGAAUUAACUCCAACGUUUCUACAGUCUAAUAUGAAUGAGUUCUGAGAGUAUUUGUAUGCUUUAUCAGUUGCCUAAUGAAACCAUAUUCAUGGAUUCUGGAGUAAUUAUUUUUAAGAAGUUCAUUUUAGAUUCUAUGACAGAAUUGCUAAGUGGCCUAAAGAGGACUUGAGUACCUAUUAAAGCUCUAAUGAAGCAAGCCAGCUUAUACAAAAUGUCCUGCAGACAAUUCCGUAAAGCAUAUCUUUGAAUGUAUUGGAAUAAGAGCUUUUGUUUUAGACUAUGAGAAGCAAAACAACUCUAGAUUUUGUGUCAUCACGGACUGAUUGUUUACGAGCUCACACCUCACUAUAGGAUCCAAAGCACUCGAAGUAUAAGGACUGUAAAUAUUAUUAUCUUUGUUUUAUUACUGGCCAAUGCUAUAAUGGAAAAAUAAUCAACUCACAGUCGUCUCACAUAAAACAUUUGCUCAUAGGUUGUAAGCUCAUAUGAAUCCAAGAUGACGCUCAUAAUUUCUUAAAGGUUUUUAUUUCCCACUUGUUAAUUCACAAAUAGGAUUUACCUGUCCCUACUGGCCUGUUUGCUAGUUAAACGUAUGCUAUACAGAUAUCUAACGGUUAUGGUAAAUGGGCAGCCUUGAAGAUAAUAUUAAUGCCUAAAAGGACAGAUUCUUGGUUUGAGUAUUAGUUGGGACAGUAAGAAGUUAUGUUAUAGGUACACUUAGCUGACGACUCGUCAACUUAAAAUGUUUUCAAAUUUUGAGUGUUAACAAAUCACUAUCCAUGAUCUAUUGUUGUGCAUAAGCAGCUAGAAAUAGCUAAUUUUUAUGGUAAUAUUGUGGUGAACAGAACACGGGUGGGGACAAUCAAAUGUAUGUCACAAAAUUACAGGACUUGUUAAUAAAAUCUAACAAUCAUAAAGUAAAUGCUUAAUUUGCAAAAUAUCCGCCAAUUGUCUCAAAAUGACUCAGAAUUCAUUGUUCUUGCAUUUUCAUACGAAUUGCAUCUUGUUUCCAUUCUUUGCUGUUCGAUCCUCUUGUCUCUCUGCUGUCAGAUCUUCUGUUCACGACUAACAUCAUAUACUACUUGUGUCAAUAUAAGUAGCACACACCACAAUAUCAUUAAUUUAAAUAGUUCUCCCAUAAAAUAUGCAUAUGCAACCCCAUGUUUAAAGCGGUUAUUUUAUCAAUGAAAUUUUAGACACGAGUAUAUUUUCCGCUUCCACUGGUAUUCCACAGUAUGAUGUUACGAUAACUGUCAGCGAUUCAAAACAAACGAUUCCCGUAAUAACCACAACCUCUGACAGGUUUGUUCGUUCGUUUCUAAUGUGUAAUCGAUUAUUUUUAAUAACAUUUAAGCGAAAACAACAAGUGUUACGACGAUUCAGAAAUCACCUUAAAUUUAUUACAGCUGUCAACUAGUGAAUGUUUCAUCCCUCUACUUAACAACGAAAAUCGAGUAGGCUAUAUUGGUGCACGUCGACACAGUGUGGCAGCUGAAAGUUUUAAUCCAGCCACAAUAACUGAUUUGGAACCUGUUGUUCAUCCAAAGUCUGUAGCACAAAAACUUCGUUUAGCAUCAGUCGUUAAACCAAUUUUCAUUUUUCGUUCAUUGGAUGAGAGUUCACCAUCAAAUGUGAUUUGGUUGGUCCCGACUGUUGUAUAUGCUGAACCCUAAUGCUCCUGAAGCCGCUGCUACACUUGAAUUCUUUGUAUGUAUGUGUGGCUACGUACGCUAUAACACGGUUAAGCUAUCUGCAAAGACGAAGUCACGCUGCUGUGUCUAAAGUGUCUCUUCUGUAUUUUCUGCUUCUCCUAAAGUGUGGGGGUCACCAUAAUCCAAUUGACAAUCGGAAGUAAGAGUAGGCAGCCUUUGUGAGGAUUCAACUGAGAAGAGUAAUCGAUGCGAUAAAAGAAACACCUGUGACUAAAGGUCAAGUAAUUAUAAAUCAAGGUGAAGAUGGUGAUUAUUUUUAUGUAAUUGAAAGUGGGGACUAUGAUAUAAUCAUAAAUGGGAAUAUAGUAGGAAGUUACGCUGGAUCGGGUUCCUUUGGAGAAUUAGCACUUAUGUAUAACACUCCUCGAGCGGCUACCAUUAUAGCGAAAACAGAUGGUGUAUUGUGGGCUUUGGAUCGAACAACGUUCCAACAUAUAGUUUUGCGACAGGCAUUUUUAAAACGUCAACUUUAUGAGAACUUGCUAUCUUCAGUUCCGCUUUUAGGGAGUUUAAGUGCAUACGAACGUACUAAUUUGGCGGAUGCACUUGGGAGUCAUACCUAUGAAGAUGGGACGUGCAUUAUUCAAGAGGGUGAACCAGGAGAAGAAAUGUACUUUAUUGAGGAGGGAUGUGUUGUAAUUUCUACCAAGAAUUCUAAAGGAGAGGAAAUCGUACUCAAACAGCUGCACAAAAAUGAUUAUUUUGGUGAAUUAGCGUUAAUUUUACAUGAACCCAGGAAAGCAUCAGCUCGUGCUGUUGGUAGAACUAAACUUGCAGUUCUGGAUGUAUCAAGUUUUGAACGACUUAUGGGACCAUGUAUAGAAAUUAUGCAACGUGAAAUGGGACGUUAUCGUACUCAAUUACUUGAAACUUUGGGACCCGAUGAUAUACGUAAUAAUCCUUCAUUGGCAAAAUUCGUAGAAUUCGAACAGUAAUUUCAGAAAAAAGAAAAUACGAAUAUGUCAACUAUAAUGAAUUAUGAAAACAAACUACAAUUGUCUGUUCUCAUUCAUUUCUUCAUAUAGAUGUUUUACGUAAAUGAUCGUAUUCUCAAUGUUUUGUUGAUGAAUUUCUGUAUCUUUCAUGAAUAUAAACGUUUAACGUUUUCAUUGUCUUUUUACAAUAUCUGUAACGUGAUUAUUCUCACUAUUUUCACAUACAUUCAAUUAUCGAAUGUAUUUUUAAAAAAACUGAUGUUUAUUAUUAUCAUUAUUAUUCGUACAAUAUCAUAUUGUAGGCAUAUUAAACUAAUUACUUCAAAUACUACUUAUAAUCAUAUACUUCUUUCAUACAAAUUCCAUGAUACACUUUACAAAAUAGUUUGAUUAAUUAUCUUUUCAUUAUUAUUACUAUUAUUAUUUUCCUAAUAAUUUAAUAACCUUUAUCAAUUCUCGUAUAAUGUAAAUAAUUAAUUGAUGAUUGGGUUUUUUUUUACUUGAAUUGAUGUGAAGAAAAAAUAAAACAGAUGGUGAAAAUUAAUUGAAGAAAAAGAAUUUCUCCAUUAAAUAAUAAAUAUAAUUGAUCAUUUAUAAAAAGAAAAAAAGAAAAAAGAAGAAUUGAAAAGAAUUUCAUUGCAUUUCAUUCAAUCAGUUAAUACUUUACUUGUACACUUAAAUUUAUUUAGUAAAUUGAAGAUAAUAACAGAUGAAAAAUUAUUAUAUUUAUUGACAAUUAUUAUUUAUUACUGCUUAUAGUUCAUAUUAAUUUAGUUGUAUUAUCAUUCACUUUACAGUGGUUGUUGUUGUUGUUUAUUUAGAGUUGACAUUAUGAUUAUAUAUUUUAAUAAAAUGAAUACAAUAAUAAUAACAAUAGUAAAAUAAUGUACUAUUGUUGAAUAAUGAAUAAGUAUUCAUGGUAUUUAUUUCCACGGUACAUACGUAUACAACUAUGAUCCUGAAGUAAACUUUCUCUUAUUUUGUUUUCUUCCAUGCUAACUAUCAUUCAUGUUUAGUGUGUGUGUGUGUGUGCGUAUGCAUGGUAAUGUUUGUACUACCUCUUUUUCUUUUAUGAAACAAUGUUUGCCUUCUAGAGUGUUUAUAGUUUAUUCAUUUGUAAAUGUACAACUAUGAAUAGAUUUUAUGCAGUUCUAAAUUUUGCUGAUAGUUGAAAAUUUUCUAAUCCAACUAAAAGGUACUUUAUAUCAUUUGUGGUAAAGUUAUUAUUUUAUUUAGUUGUUUUUUUUAAGUAAUGAUAUAUAUGUUCGCUGUGUGUUAUUUAUUAUUAGAAUCCUUCAUGUUUGUAGUGAAAUAAUAAUCAGAUAAUUUCAAUCGAUUAUGACUUCAUUGAUUUCUUUAUUUCUAUC